GGUGACCGCAGUAGCGGCAGAGCGGCAGUCCGCCGAGGAGCCUUCAGCCGCCGCGUGCCUCCUCCGCUCACACUUCCAGCGGCUCCCAGCUGCUUCCGCGGCGGCUUUUCGGUGGAUGUUUGAGGGGGGCAGAACAAAGGAGCCGCCGCUUGUCUCAGACUCUGGUGUAGAGGAAGUUUGGCACGUUUCCGGUAACCCGGGAGAGCGGGACAAUGAGGCGGAGCCCGCCGGUCUGCCGGACAGCCGCCGGCUGCUGCCGCCGCGGCUAACGGCUAGCAGAGACCAGUGGGGCGGUCGGAGAGACCAAAGUGUCCCAUGACGGAUCAUCCGGACACUUUCCGCCCCCCCGCCGAACUCUUAAACUUUACUUUCCCGGAUUAUUGAACUCUGCUGGGGGGCUUCUCCCAGUUUUUCCCGGACAUGGACUCGGAGGCGGCCGACGUGGAGUCUCUGCGCGGCGGACUGAGCCUCGUGGACCCGUUGCUGGACCGGAUCCUGGGGGACGCUGCGACACAACUUCAAGGGUGGCUCCGAGUUUACGAUGUGAAGGGGCCUCCAGCGCAUCACUUCUCCUGCGGUCAGAGUCCAUACACCAAGGUCGCCGCCUGGGAGAGGAGGCUCUGCGUUUUGACCGACAGCCAGCUCAUCCUGCUUCCCAAGGAUGACGAGGCUGCAGGAGAGCUUCAGGACCCCCCCGCUGAGACCUCAAGGGCCCGGAGCCUCCGCAGAACCGUCAGCGUCCCCUCAGAGGGCCCGUUCCCAGAGUUCCAGACAGAGGGCGCCAAGGGGCCGGAUGUUUCUUCGGAGCGUUCUCCGAGGAGAAGCAGCAUCUCCGGGCUGGGGGGCUCAGAGAAGAGCGUGGCGAUUGACAGUCCCAGUUCAUCUCCCUUCAGAGUUCCGGGCUUCUUUAGCAAACGCCUCAAAGGAUCCAUCAAGAGAACCAAAAGUCAGACCAAACUGGACCGGGCCACCAGCUUCAGGCUGCCCCUGCUGCGACCCGCUGAUGCUGACAGGUCCCGGGGCCUCCCCAGGCUAAAGGAAUCUAGCUCCCAUGAGUCUUUGCUGAGCCCUGGCAGCGGCGUGGAAGCUCUGGAUCUGAGCAUGGAGGAGAACGUGUUGGUCAAGCCGCUACACAGCAGCAUCCUGGGACGGGACUUCUGCUUCGAGGUGACCUACUCGGGGGGCAGCAAGUGUUUCAGUUGCACGUCUGCCACGGAAAGAGACAAAUGGAUGGAGAACCUCAGGAGAACCAUUCAGCCCAACAAGGACAACCGUCGGCGGGCAGAGAACCUGCUGCGACUCUGGAUCAUUGAAGCCAAAGACUUGCCGCCUAGAAAGAAGUACUUCUGUGAGCUUUGUCUGGAUGACGUCUUGUACGCUCGGACCACCAGCAAAACCCGCCAUGACAGCCUUUUCUGGGGGGAGUACUUCGAGUUUUCCAGCCUGCCCUCUGUGCACAGCAUCACUGUGCACAUCUACCGCGACGUGGACAAGAAGAAGAAGAAAGACAAGAACAACUACGUCGGUCUGGUCAACAUCGCAGUCUCCAGUAUGACCGGUCGGCAGUUUGUGGAGAAGUGGUACCCCGUCAGCACCCCCACCAUCAGCAAGGUCAAAGGAGGGGGGCCGUCGAUCCGCAUCAAGUCCCGCUUCCAGACCAUCUCCAUCCUGCCCAUGGAGCAGUACAAGGAGUUUGCAGAGUUCAUCACCAACAACUACAGCAUGCUGUGCACGGUGCUGGAGCCCGUCAUCAGCGUCAAAAACAAAGAGGAGAUGGCCUGCGCACUGGUACACAUCCUGCAGAGCACAGGCAGAGCCAAGGACUUCCUGACAGACCUGGUGAUGUCAGAGGUGGAUCGAUGUGCCGACCACGAUGUCCUGAUCUUCAGGGAGAACACGCUGGCCACCAAGGCCAUCGAGGAAUACCUGAAGCUGGUGGGACAAAAGUAUCUGCACGAUGCACUCGGUGAGUUCAUCAAAGCUCUGUACGAGUCUGACGAGGACUGUGAGGUGGAUCCUAGCCGGUGCUCGGGCAGCGAUCUGACCGAGCACCGGAGCAACCUGAAGAUGUGCUGCGAGCUGGCUUUCUGCAAGAUCAUCAACUCCUACUGCGUGUUUCCUCGCGAGCUGAAGGAAGUCUUCGCGUCCUGGAAGCAGCAGUGUGUUGCCCGCGGACACGUGCAGGACAUCAGCAAGCGUCUGAUCAGCGCCUCGCUCUUCCUGCGCUUCCUCUGCCCCGCCAUCAUGUCUCCGUCACUCUUCAGUCUGAUGCAGGAAUAUCCCGACGACCGCACAUCCCGCAACCUCACGCUCAUCGCUAAAGUCAUACAGAACCUCGCCAACUUCACAAAGUUUGGAAACAAGGAAGAGUACAUGGCCUUCAUGAAUGACUUCCUGGAGCACGAAUGGGCCGGAAUGAUGCGUUUCCUGUCAGAGAUAUCAAACCCGGAGACACUGUCCAACACGCCAGGCUUUGAGGGCUACAUCGACCUGGGGAGGGAGCUGUCAGUGCUGCACACUUUGCUGUGGGAGGUCGUUUCUCAACUUGACAAGGGUGAAAAUUCGUUCCUGCAGGCCACUGUUGCCAAACUGGGCCCGUUACCGAGGAUUCUGGGAGAAAUCACUCAGUGCCUCGCCGCGCCGACGCCCCUCCCUCAGCAGCUGCAGCGCUUCCAGCACCAUAGCUCCGCCCAUAACAUCACCGGCAGUGUGUCAUCGGGGAUCCAGAGAAUGUUUGAGGCCACGGCUGACAGCCGCAGCGUUCACAGCCUGCAGACUCCAGUAGAAAUGAUGGAGGGUCCUCCUCAGCGCCCCCUCCCCAUCCCGAACAGCAGCCAGGAGCAGCAGCGGGACAGCCUGCUGCCCAGCGGCCGCAGUGUCUCCUUGGUGGACCUGCAGGAAGUGCGGAACCUGCAGGAUUCCCCGGCGCCCCCGCCGCACCACGAGGGCCCUUGUCUCAGCCGGUCGGGCUCCCGGGCCUCUAUCAGCGCUGCCCCAACCCCAGCAGCCUUCCCCAGCUCUAACCCUGUUACGCCGGCGCUUCCCCAGGCCAAAGCCCCGCACAGAGACCUUCAGCCGCAGAGCGCCCCACAGGUGCGCCGACUGCAGCCCCCCCUCACCCAGCAGCGCAGCCUGCAGCCGCUGUCCUUCCAGAAUCCCGUGUACCACCUGAUUAACCCAGCCAACAGCUUGUCCACACGCUCCGCCCACUCCCUGAGACGGGACUCCAGCUCAGAGAACCUGAGCACGGAGAGCUCCCACAACAGCCACAGUAACUCUGACGACUUUGGUAGUCAGGAGGCGGGGAAAGCCUGCGCGGCGUCCAACAGCAGCCUGGACGAGGGGGGCAGCCGGCGCAGCACGCAGAGUGAGGAGUACUUCUCUCCACGCCGACUCGUACGGCCCAACCUUGCACUAAACGCCGCCACCGCAGUUGCCAUUCCCCGCCAGAGCACAACAACGGGCACCGCUCACAUCGUCAAGGUUGAGCAGCAAAGCAGAGUUGUGGGCGGGGCCAGGACGCCACACUCUCUUCCUGUUAGCUCCUCCCUGCGCAGCAGCAGCAGUGCCAACACUGAACCCACGCCAACGACCGGACCCAGCAACCUUCAGCAGAGUUCUGCAGAAAGUGUGGUCCCGCCCACAACAAGCACCGCCAAGACAUCGCCACAGGUGACGUCACCGGUGGAGGCGGCCGCAAUGUCUCCAGUGGAGAGGACGGCGGCCUGGGUCCUGAACAACGGCCAGUACGAGGAGGAGGAGGGCGGAGGGGGGCAGAUCCGGGAGGAGGGCAAGAAGACGGAGAAGUACGAGCUGGAGAUCUCGCGGCUAAAAGAGUGUCUGCGGGCGUCCGGGCGCCGCCUGGAGGAAUACGAGCGGCGGCUUCUGGCUCAGGAGCAACAGAUGAAGAAGCUCAUGCUGGACUACAAGAGCCGUCUGGAGGACAGUGAGGAGCGCCUGAGGAGGCAGCAGGAGGAGAAGGACAGCCAGAUGAAGAGCAUCAUCUGCAGGACCACGCAGAGAUGCAGGCAGUGAUCGAGGCCAAGCAGAAGAUCAUCGAUGCUCAGGAGAAGCGGAUAGGCUCCCUGGACGUGGCGAACUCGCAGCUGAUGGCGGCGCUGACGCAGGUGAAGGAGCGUUACAGCACGCCCAACAUCCGAAACGGCCUGUCGCCCAGCAACCCCACCAAGCUGUCGAUCACUGAAAACGGAGAGUUCAAGAAUAGCAGCUGCUGAUGGGGCGGGGCACGGCACAUGGGAAGACUCCGCCCCCUCCCACUCUUAAGAGACGGGAAAAACAGAAAUGUGUAAAUAAUCCUUCGGUGUACAGAGGGGAAGUGUUGUUGCACACUCACAGACUGAAGUGUUUUCUAAGAGAAUUUAAAUCUGUUUUUGUUUGUUUGGCUUUGUUCUACGUUCUUCUGUUUUUAACUUUCCGGACGAGUGCUUGUGGAUUUUAUUUAUUCCUCCUCAUCCUCGUCCUGUUGCUGACCUACUGAAUAGGAUGGGGGGGUCACCUCCGCUCCUGUCUGUUGUCCCACGUUCAGAAUAAAGCUGCUUUAAAGCACAGCUGCU